GCCCUUUUAUAAAUUUCAUCAUCACUUUCCCUUUCCCGUUUUGUUCCUUCCUCUGCUCUCUCACCCACUCAGCCCACUCUCUGCCUGCUGCAACCAUGAGAGAGUAAAUUUCCCCGGAAACCAAACACUCCCCAUUUCCGAUCAAUCCUUCCUUCACCGCCCCGAGCAAUAAAAAUGGUGUCUUUCGAUGAUUCCCUCUCCCACCACCAACACCACCUCCACUCCACCUCCGGCCGCUUCCCUCUCCCUCCUCGCACGGAUUUCUACUCCUCCCUCCGCUCCCCUUCCGCCUCCACCGCCAAGAUCAACCGCCAAAUCGGCCGCUCCAUGCGCACGAUCCGGUCCACCUUCUACUCCGGCGACAGCUGCUCCUCCUUCGCUUCCGCCGCCGCCUCGCCUGAUCGCUCGGGGUUUGUGUCCGAGAACCUGACCGACUCCGUCGUUGAUAUGCGCCUCGGGGAGCUCGCCGCCAGGAACUUCCUCAACUGCUCUGGCAAGUCGGAGAAGUCGUCGGCGGCGUCGGGGGCGGGGUUGUCUUCCGCUGAGGUGGAGGAAUUUCUGGAUAUCUCUCAGGCUUUCAGCGAUUUUUCAGGGUGUAGCAGUGAUAUCUCCGGCGAAUUGCAGCGGCUGGCGAAUUUGCCUUCUCCCAGGCACGAAUCCGAAGGAGGAGGAGGAGGAGGAGGAGGAGGAGGAGGGGGAGAGGUUCAGCCGGAGCCGGAGCCGUGCCUAGGGUUUCUGCAGAGGGAGAGCUUCUCGACGGAGAUAAUCGAGAGCAUUUCGCCGGAGGAUCUCCAGCCGACAGUCAAGAUCUGCGUGGACGGCCUGGAAUCUUCGUCCGUGGCGGUGAAGCGGUCCGCGGCGGCGAAGCUGCGUCUCCUGGCGAAGAAUCGGUCGGACAAUCGAGCACUAAUUGGUGAAUCCGGCGCGAUUCCGGCUUUGAUUCCUCUUCUCCGGUGCAGCGAUCCGUGGACUCAGGAGAACGCCGUUACAGCUCUGUUGAAUCUCUCCCUCCACGAAGGCAACAAGGACCUAAUUACGAACGCCGGGGCUAUUAAAUCCUUGGUCUACGUGUUGAAAACGGGGACGGAGACAUCAAAACAGAACGCAGCUUGUGCAUUGCUAAGCCUCGCAUUGGUAGAAGACAACAAAACCUCGAUUGGAGCUUGCGGCGCAAUUCCUCCCCUGGUUGCUCUCCUGAUCAAUGGAUCCACCAGAGGAAAGAAGGAUGCUUUGACGACUCUGUACAAGCUCUGCUCCAUCAAUCAGAACAAGGAGAGAGCAGUGAGCGCUGGAGCUGUGAAGCCACUGACAAUGAUGGUGGUGGAGCAAGGUUCCGGAAUGGCGGAGAAGGCGAUGGUGAUACUGAAUAGCCUUGCAGGGAUUGAAGAAGGCAGGGAAGCUAUAGUCGAGGAAGGAGGGAUUGCUGCCCUCGUGGAAGCAAUUGAAGAUGGUUCUCCUAAAGGGAAGGAGUUUGCUGUGCUGACACUGCUCCAAUUGUGCACUGCUUGCUCGACGAAUCGCGGGUUGCUUGUGAGGGAAGGCGGCAUUCCCCCUCUUGUUGCAUUGUCACAGACUGGAACUGUAAGAGCCAAGCAUAAGGCGGAGACACUGCUUGUGUACUUGAGAGAAUCAAGAAAUGAGGCUUCAUCUUCAAGUCCUUAGAAAGAAAUAGAGAUGGUGGUAAAUUUUGUCUCCCCCCAACUAUUUUUAGAGAAGGCAUGACUAGCUAGCCUUGUGGUCGAGGGUGGGUUCGUUUUGUUGGAUAUGUACAUAGGAGUAGUGCCUUUUUCGUUCUUGUUAUGUACAGUGUGCUUUCAUAAGUUUGAAUUCUCUAUGAAGUGAGAAGUUAGGGAGGGAAAGGAGGCUUAGAGUUGAGCAAAGAAGCUGACUUUUGUGAAAUGUACGACUUUCGAAAACUAGGGUUCUUGAAAAAGGGGGGAUUUGGUUCCUAAUUUCCCAUGGUAUUCUGCAGGAUGAAUACUCUGUGGGUCUGUACUGUAUGUGUAUUGUUCAUGUAAAUCUAGGGAUUUGGGUUAGGCCUUCCUUAUGUUUUGAUUUGGAUGGUGACCCAAAUUUCUGUUCUUUGAAGGGUAUGUGUUCCCUCUGUGUAAAAGUAUAAUCAGGGUUUAGAGAUCAUAUAUGUAUAUUGCCUGUAUUACGCAGUUUAGCUUGGAGCUGUAUGAUGGUGGAAAUGUAUUUCACUCAUGAGUAAUGACAUAUCUUAGUUCUUC